GCAUUUAACCGUUUUAACAAUUUGCCCCUCUCUUUUGUUUAGUUCAUCAUGAUGUACAAUCUGCUAUUCGUUUUGCUUUUAGGUGUUGGGGGCGCUCUUGCGUCACCAACUUGUUCUGAAGAAGAGGCAGCCAAAUGCACUGAUGGUAAAAGACCGGCCUGGGCGUUUGAUUAUGGGUAUUGGCCUUCUACUAAAUAUGAAUUGGACGAGAUUUGCCACAAAGCAAGUCCAGAGUUGGACUGUGAAAUUGACUUCGCCGAGCGAUGCCCGAAGAGUUUAAUAGGACUGCACUUGAGACCCCUCAAGAAAUUUAAGCAGCUCUUUACCAAAAUAUGUGAUGAUUCCAGUCGCCUUCGGACAGACUAUUUACGCAGAGUCUCGUGUAUUAACCACAAAAUGUCAAUCGUUAGAGAUGUGUGUCAUGAUGAUGCAGAUGUGACGAAACCAGGCUUCAAGUGCUCAGAUGCAGUGCACAAGACUGAAAAGUGCUUCUAUGGUGUGAUAAGAGACAGCUGUAGCAAACCUCACGCUGAAUUGUUCCGCACCGUUUUCCAGCCGUACACCGCUAUGUCAGUUCUGCAAUGUGAAUAUGCCACAAAUAAUAAAGCAUAAAUAAAAUUCUAAUAAAG